AUGUCCAAACCCACCAUGAUCAUUGUCCCAGGAGCCUGGCAAUUGCCUCCAGCCUUCGAGAACAUCGUGAAGCUCCUGCAGGAGACAGGCUACCCAACGGUCCACGUCCCCCUGCCCACAGUCGGUGGCACCGAGCUUCCUCUCGCAGGCCUGUCCGACGAUGUCGAUGCCGUCCGCAAUGUCCUGGUUCCUAUCGUCGACAAAGGCAAGGAGGUUGUGGUCAUCGGGCAUUCCGCGGGCGGCAUCUCGAUGAGCGCCGCGGUGGAAGGGUACGAUGCCGGAAGCAGAAAGGCCGCUGGUAAGAGUGGGGGCGUGGUCCGGUGCAUCUUCAUGACUGCGUUCGUUUUGCCGAAGGGCCAGAGUCUGCUGGGCAUGCUGGGCGGCCAGCCGCUGCCGUGGAUGGUGGUCGAGGGCGAUCGUGUUACUGGAAACCCUGGAAUGCUUCCUCAGGUCGGCCUGAACGAUCUCUCUCCCGAGGAGCAGACGAAAUGGGCCGCCGGAAUGACGCACACCUCUGCAGCCCUCUUUGCUGCACCGGCGCUCUACGAGCCAUGGGCGAACGGCAUACCCUGCUCAUACAUCUUCCAUACAGAGGAUAAUGCUCUCCCCUUGGCAUACCAGCAGGGCAUGGCGCAACUCCUUGGCCCCGAGGCUAAGACGGAGACCCUGAAAGCCGGACACUGCUCAUUCCGAGUCCUGAGCAUUCCGGAUCAGUUGGUGAAGGCCAUAGAAUCUACGAUAUAA